AUGACACUCCAGGACCAAAUCGACACUUUCCAGAAACUCAUCUUUUCGCAUUUCCGAGGCAGUGCAAAUAAUGAAUGUAGGAUAUCCGCGUUGGUGCCGCUUGUUCAGGAGAGCUAUGGAAUCUAUAAGUUCAUUACCAGCAUGCUUCGAGCGAUGCACUCAACAACCGGUGAUGAGGACGCAUUGGAACCUCUUCGAGGCCGAUAUGAUGCCCAGUAUUAUCGACUGGUUCGCUUUUAUUAUGAAUGCUCAAAUUUAAGAUAUCUUACCAGCUUGAUAUCUGUCCCAAAACUUGCACCACUGCCGCCAAAUCUGCUCGCAGGGGAAGAGGAUAAGCCUAGCCUUCCAAAGCGUCCAACCAACGAACCUGAGAGGGAACCUACUCCACCCCCGAAGUCCACUAUCCCUGAUGCUGAACCAAUCAAUGAUUUCUGGUCGACAGAGGCCAAACGCCAGCAAGAGGAGUAUGAAGCCGAACAGCGUCGACUACAAAGCCAGUGGGAAGAACAGCAGCGCCAGCAAAUGCUUGCACAGCAACAGGCGCAGCGAGAAUUCGAAGAGCAGCAGCGACUCCAAGCGGAGCAACAGAGACUAGCCCAGGAACAACUCAUGGCGAACCAAUACCAACAACAGACCCAAGGAAGGUUGGCAGAGCUUGAACAAGAGAACCUUAAUGCUCGGGCACAGUAUGAACGAGACCAGUUGAUGCUCCAACAAUAUGACAAGCGUGUGAAGGACCUCGAAGAGCAACUAAGCCAGAUCAACUCAAACUUCAACUCACAAAACUCUUCGAAGGAUGAUCUCAUCCGGUCCCUCCAGGAACAACUCAACACUUGGCGUACAAAGUAUGAGGCACUGGCUAAGCUAUACUCUCAGCUACGACAGGAGCAUCUGGAUCUUCUCCAAACUACCAAGUCUCUCAAGCUGAAGGCGGCUUCUGCUCAGGAAGCAAUUGACAAGCGGGAACGUCUCGAGCGGGAGAUGAAGACAAAGAACUUGGAACUUGCCGAUAUGAUCAGAGAACGUGAUAGAGCCCUGCAUGAAAAGGAUCGUGUUACAGGAGGUAAUCGGGAGGAGCUCGAGAAGCUGAAGAGGGAGCUCCGAAUGGCUAUCGAGCGGGCGGAAAAUGCUGAACGUGCGAAGGGAACAGAGAUCUCCGCGAUGCUUUCUAAGUAUAAUCGCGAGAUGGCCGAUCUCGAGGAGGCUCUAAGGAGUAAAACACGAGCCCUUGAGGAAUUCCAAUCUAGCAGAGGCGACUUGAAUGCAGACCAUGAGAUCAUGCUCCGAGAAAAGGAUGAGGAGAUCGAGAUCUACAAGUCUGGAAUGGAGCAGGCACUGACUGAACUAGAGGAGCUGAAACUGAGCCAAGGAGAUGCAGAUAAGGCCCUGGACAGUCAAAUUGACGACGUCCUGAUUGGCUCUAUUUCCAAGGUCAACAAUAUCAUCGAUUCUGUUCUUCAAAGUGGUGUGCAACGAGUGGACGAUGCGCUUUACGAGCUGGAUUCGACCAUGCAAGCUGGAAACCAAAAUGCAUCGCCUUCUUAUGUGCUAUCACAGAUUGAAAAAGCAUCUGCCAGCGCCACUGAGUUCUCGACUGCUUUCAACAACUUUAUCGCUGAUGGACCAAACAGUGAACAUGCCGAAAUCAUCCGCACCGUGAGCGUAUUCUCUGGGUCCAUCGCCGAUGUCCUUAGCAACACCAAGGGUUUGACUCGAUUUGCCACUGAUGACAAGAAGGCCGACCAGCUCGUAGGUGCUGCGAGAUCUCCUGCAGAGUCCACCAUGACAUUCUUCCGUGCUCUGCAGUCGUUCCGUCUUCAGGGCCUGGAGCCCACUCAGAAGACCGAUGUGGUUAUUAAUAACAACCAUGAAGUCCUCAUGAACCUCCAGAAGCUCUCCAAGCUUGUUGACACUUUCGCUCCAAAGAGCAACAAGCUUACCGGUGCCGGCGAUCUAGGCGACAUCGUCGACCGAGAGCUGACCAAUGCUGCCAACGCAAUUGAAGCCGCAGCACAGCGACUAGCUAAGCUCAAGAAGAAGCCUCGUGACGGUUACUCAACCUACGAACUCCGCAUCCAUGAUUCUAUCCUGGAAGCAUCUAUCGCGGUAACAAAUGCAAUCGCCGAACUGAUCAAAGCUGCCACUGCAUCGCAGCAAGAAAUCGUCAAGGAGGGCCGAGGAAGCUCUUCGCGGACGGCAUUCUACAAGAAAAACAAUCGCUGGACAGAGGGGUUGAUAUCUGCUGCAAAGGCAGUGGCAACUUCAACUAACACCUUAAUUGAAACCGCCGACGGAGUUAUUUCAGGCAGAAACUCGCCUGAGCAAUUGAUCGUUGCUAGUAACGAUGUGGCUGCUAGCACUGCCCAGCUUGUGGCGGCCAGUCGAGUCAAGGCUACAUUCAUGAGCAAGACUCAGGAUAGGCUCGAGACAGCUAGCAAGGCUGUUGGGUCCGCUUGUAGAAGCUUGGUCAGACAGGUACAGGAUAUCAUUGCUGAGAAGAACCGUAAUGAGACCGAAACCAUCGAUUACACCAAGUUGAGCGGGCAUGAGUUCAAAGUACGAGAGAUGGAGCAACAGGUUGAAAUUCUGCAACUCGAAAACGCUCUCAGUCAAGCCAGAAAGCAACUUGGUGAGAUGCGCAAGAUAUCGUACAUGGAGUAA